CACGCCCCUUCCUCCCCCGCCCGCCGGGACCGGGGGUACCAUAGAGAGGCCGGAGUAGAGCGGCUGGGCCCAGGGAGCGGGAUGGCGGCGGCAGCGGCGAUGGGGCUUCGGCUCCUGUCUCUCUCCGGACGGGCUCUCCGCGGCCCCCGCCCGAGCUCGCUCCCCGCCCGGCGCGGCUGUCGGGGCGGCUCCCCGGCCGACUCGCGGAAGGACCUGCUGGAGAUCCCCUUGCCCCCCUGGCAGGAGCGCCCCAGCGAGCCGCUGCCGGCCAAGAGAGCCCGGCUCCUGUACGAGAGCAGGAAGCGAGGCAUGCUGGAGAACUGCCUGCUGCUCAGCCUCUUUGCAAAGGAGAAUCUGAACAGCAUGACCGAGCGGCAGCUGAACCUCUAUGACCGUCUGAUCAACGAGCCCAGCAACGACUGGGAUAUUUACUACUGGGCAACAGAAGCAAAGCCCACUCCGGAGGUGUUUGAGAAUGAUGUCAUGGUGAUGCUGAGAGAGUUUACAAAGAACAAGAACAAGGAGCAGAGGCUGCGGCAGCCGGACCUGGAGUACCUCUUCGAGCCCUCACGCUGAGGCACCCUGUCUGCUCCAGGAUCAUCUUCUCAUCCCUGGCAGCAGAGGCUGAGGUGCCUAGACCUAUUUGGCAGCCUGCAAUGCUGAGGUCCUGGCUCCUGGAAUCCUCCACCCGGUGGUUGCUUCUACCCAGGUUUCCAAACCCCACCGAAUAAAGUUUCAAGCACUAUCCCUGA